AUGGCUGCCGAAACCGACUCGUUAGUAUCCAGACAGCCCGCUGCCCCAGACAUGGAGCAGACAAAUGACUCUAGGGAAAAUUCGGAGAAAACAAAAAAGCUACGUCUCAAGGUCGACUUCAGGCUAUGCACUAUCGCAGGUCUUUUAUGUAGUCUCAAUUUACUAGACAGCGGGAUUAUCUCUAGCGCAUCGGUCACGAGCAUGUUGAAGGACCUCGGACUCGAUCAAGGCAAUCGUUACUCCGUUUCAAUCCUAAUCUUUACGGUGGCAAGUGUGUGUUUCCAGCUUCCCGCUACAUUGGCCAUACGUAUAGUAGGACCUCGAAUCUUCUUCACUGUCAUCACUUUCGCCUUCGGCUUGAUCACCCUCUGCACGGCCUUCAUCCAUACGUGGAAGGAGAUGAUUGUAAUGCGAGUUCUCCUGGGUAUGUUUAUGAGUGGUAUCUAUCCGGGGCUGGCGUUGCUCAUAUCAAGCUGGUAUCGAAGAGAGGAGCUCCAGCUUCGGUUUGCGUUCCUGCAGUGUGGCGAAGUGAUUGUCCUAGCUACCGGAGGGAUUGUGAAUUUUGGCUUGAAUACCCUCGAUGGCCGAGGUGGUGUCAAGGGCUGGCAGUGGAUGUUCAUCGUCCAGGGUCUUGUGGCUUGCCUCAUUGGUAUAGCAACGUACUGGUGGAUUGUAGACUUUCCCGAAAAGGCCCAAGAAAGUUUCAACUUUCUGGACGAGGCAGAGACUAAGAUUGCUGUCGCACGGAUCCAGCAAGAUCGCGGAGAUGUUGUGCCGACUCCGUUUUCGUGGCUCGAAGUCUUGAAGCACUUUCUUGAUGUGAAGAUAUAUGGAUUCGCGGCAGCGUUCUUUCUUCUCAACUUGGUCUCCACAGCUUUAUCAUACUUCUUGCCCAUAAUCCUUCAGAGUGGUAUGGGCUUCUCGACGAACAAGGCAAUCUUGCUGUCGGCGCCACCGUAUUACUAUGCGGUCAUUCCAGUACUGAUAUCGUCUUGGAUCGGCGACAAGUAUUGUCUUAGAGGGCUGGUCAUAACAUUCAACUCGCUAUGCUUGAUUGCAGGCUUCGGAAUGCUUGGCUUCGCCGACCAAGUGACUGUCAGAUAUGUCGGUACCUACCUUGCCACUGGAGCAUAUAUAUCGAAUUGGGCAGCUUUGAACAGUUAUCAAGCCAGCAAUAUCACUGGUCAGUGGAAGCGGGCAGUGACGGCAGCAGCGGUAACCGCUUGCAAUGGACUCGGAGGUGUUGCUGGGAGCUUCAUUGUCCGGCAGACUGAAGCUCCACGUUACCCAACGGCAGUUUGGGUGUCAAUCGGCUCUCAUAUCCUCAUUAUCAGUAUUGUCAUCGCAUUCUCGGUGUACUUCUACAGUGCCAACAGCAAGCAAAGAAAGGCGCUGUACGACUAUGCUCCCCAAGGUGAUAAUGAACUCGCCAUACAAGAGGGGGAAACAGUUUAUAUACUCGAGAAGAGCUCCGAGGAUGAUUGGUGGAAGGCAAAGAAAAGGGCGCCGAGUGAAGACGAGGAUGAGCCUGUGGGCUUGAUACCGAACAACUACGUUACAGAGGCUCAACCCACCCACCAUGCUAAAGCAUUAUACGAUUACAGUCGGCAAACCGACGAGGAACUCUCUUUUACCGAAGAAGCCGUUCUCUCUGUCUACGAUACAUCUGAUCCAGACUGGACCCUUGUGGGGCUGGAUGGCGAAUAUGGCUUUGCCCCUUCCAACUACAUCGAUAUCACUGGCAAAGCAGAGCAAAGGUCACCGCAAGCAGCAUUCUCACCACAGACCUCGGAGAGAGAAGUGGAGCCAGAACAGCCAUCGAGCCCACUCUCUACAGCUCGUACUGGCCCAGCAGCUGCCAUGGCAGGCAUCAUGCACCAAAGGUCAUCUUCCACGGAUACGCCACCAGCCAACAUAAGUCUACCACCUCGAAGGCCGCAGUUCACCCCCGAAGAUUCGGAUGAAGAGCCUCCCGCGCCAUCAUUACCUCAACGCCCACCUUCCCAACAGCUCUCGCCGCCUCCCCCACCGUACGCUUCCCCUAGAAGCCCAGAUUCUCCAGGGAUUGCAGCUUCCCCGCCCUUCAACCGCGCCGUGAGCCGAAGCUACGAUGAGGAUCAGCCGCAGGUCAACAAUGGGGGAUUCCAUCUUUACAACAUCAAUGAGAUGGUGUCUGCUAUGGGCAAGAACAAGAAGAUGCCGACCACGCUGGGUCUGAAUCUGGCUACAGGCGUCAUCAUGAUCGCUCCAGAAAAAUCACGGGAUGGGCCUCAGCUGGAGUGGACCGCGGAGAAGCUUACCCAUUACUCUAUCGAGGGCAAACAUGUUUUCAUGGAAUUAGUGCGACCGAGCAAGAGCAUUGACUUCCAUGCCGGUGCGAAAGAUACAGCUCAAGAGAUUACUAGGGGCCUUGGAGAAAUAGCAGGCGCUUCUAGGGCGGAAGGUCUUCGAGAGGUUCUCGAAGCCAGUAAUGGAUCUGGAGGUGGACAAAAGAAGGGCCAUGUACUCUACGAUUUCAUGGCCCAGGGCGAGGACGAAGUCACAGUUGCGGUUGGUGACGAAGUAGUUGUUGUGGAUGAUACCAAGAGCGAGGAAUGGUGGAUGGUUCGGAGGCUGAAGAAUGGAAAGGAAGGUGUGGUACCGAGUACUUACGUGGAGGUGACGGGUAUAGUGGCUCCACCUCGGACCAGCUCUGGGAUCAAUGCUGGCAAAUCUGUCGUGGAGCAGAACAGACUAGAUGAAGAGAGAAUGGUAAAGGAGGCUGUGAAAGCUUCGAAAAACGAAGCCAAGGCUGCCGAGCGGAGCAAGAAGGAAAGCAAGCAUGGCAGGUCUUCCUCGUCGUCCAAGUCCAAGCCCGAUAUGGCAAAGACGCGGACCUGGACUGAUCGAUCUGCCACUUUCAAAGUCGAAGCGCAGUUCAUCGGCUUAAAGGAUGGGAAAAUACACUUGCACAAGCUUAACGGGGUCAAGAUUGCAGUUCCUGUGGUCAAAAUGGCAAUCGAAGAUCUCGAAUAUGUCGAGAAAAUGACUGGUGUAUCUCUGGAUGAUGACAAGCCACUUUCCGAUAUCAAACGCAGGAGCACGCAAACCACAAAGGGCAAUGAUCGCAAGAAAUCAGAAUCUGCAGCAAGCGCCGCAAAGCCGGGAGCAACGGUUGAGCCGUCCAAAGCCAAGCCCGAUGGGCCUGAAUAUGACUGGUUCGACUUCUUUCUAAAAGCCGGAGUUAGCCCCUAUCAGUGCGAGAGGUACGCCUUCAACUUCAACAAGGAUUCAAUGGACGAGAAUGUUCUCGGGGAAAUCACGCCAUCUGUGUUGCGGACGCUUGGUCUUAAAGAAGGGGACAUACUUCGGGUGAUGAAGUAUUUGGACACCAAAUUUGGUCGCACAGGUGCACAAGCUCCAGAAGGUGAAAGUGGAGGCCUCUUUUCAGGGCCUGGCGGCGCUCUCAGGAACAAUACCCGCAAAGGACGCCCAGCCCCAACGGUGCAAAGCAAUGACGUUGUCGAUGCCAAUACAUUUAGACAGAAAGAAAAUGAUGAAGAGAAAGCAAAGCCUAGAUCGGAGGCUGUCCCGAUACCAUCAGAAACGGCGCCGCCACCGCCAAAAAAAGACACUCGCGGUUUUGACGACGAUGCAUGGGAUGUCAAGCCUUCCAAGACACCCACACAGCAUCCUAGCCAGCAACCCGCUGCAGCGCCUACGCUAGCGCCGAGUGCCCCCCCACAGCAGCCUACAUUGACGGGCUCAUUACUAGACCUUUCUCUGCUAUCACCACCUCUGCAACCCACACCAGCCCAGAACAUUUCAGUCCAGAAGCCUCUGCAGCCUCAGUCCACGCAAACCCAACUACCUGCACAGGUCCCGCCACCGCAACCUGUACAGCAACAGCCUACUGGAGCGAACCCACAGUUUUUUUCGCAGCUGGGACAGCAGCCUUCAGGCUUGCCAUUGCAGCAGCAAAACACAGCUCAAAUGCAGCAGCCUCAGGGAUUUGGUCUCCAACAAAGCUUUCAAAAUCAGCAACCGCAGCAGACUGGCCCGCCGCGACAAAGGCCGCAAGCACCUCAGAUCAAUCAGCAAGGCUCAAUCAUGCCGCCGCCACCUGCCAGACCUCUAUCAGCACCUCAGACCCAACCGCAAACUAGUAGUUUCGGUCCUCCCCCGUUGCAACCCCAGCUGACAGGUUUUCAACCGCAAAGUCAGUUUGGGAACCAGAUCGCACCACCAGGUCAAAGUCUCAAUGACCUGAAUCUGCAAAGGCUACAGCAACAGCAAUUCAACCAGCAGCAGCAGUUUGGCCAGCAGCAACUACAGCCACAGCAGACAGGCUUCGGGCAACAGAAUCCAGGUUUCAGUCAGUUUGGUAAUGGCAUAAUGCCCCAGCAGACUGCAUUUGGACAACAAUACCAAAUGGUACCUCGGCCAUCGGAACUACAAGGAAUGCAGAAUCCUUAUAUCAACGGCCAGCAGACAGGAAGUCCGUUCGCCGAUCCUCGAGGACAGCAGCAAGGCGGAGGCUUUCAGCCAUUGCAGCCCCAGAACACCGGGUAUCAGGCGCAAUUCCAGUCAUCUCUCCAACCUCAGCAAACUGGUAUCAAUUCAGUGUUACCCCCAGCAUUGCAGCCUCAACAGACAGGCGUCAAUGGGUUUUCCAGGCCUAGCUUCGGCCAAGCACCUCCGCCAAUGCUUCCAAUGCCAUCGAUGCCCUCUCAGCCUGCCGCCGCUCCACUGCUGCCGCAAAAGACCGGUCCGGCGCCCCCAGUCAGGUUUGGAACCCCAGCAGCGAACAAAUUGGUGCCUCAGCGGACAGGGCGGGCAAAUCUGGCCUCAGCCACACCUUCUAACCCCUUUGGUUUCUGA